GGGCAUUCAAUUGAACAAAGCUUCAGCCAAUCAUAAGGGUCGGUUUCCAAAUCGCCAAUUCUUCGGCAGGAAUCUUGGAAAUCGGAACUUGCGCAUUUCCAUCUUCCAGAAGAACUUCCUAUACUAUCUCCGUCCUCGAACGACGUCAACACUCUCCUAUUCUACCAAAAGCCACUACUACAUUCUGAGAAUCUACUUCUCAGACAGUUUUCAUCAUGGCUGCCGCUCGUCCUUUCUACAACGCUUUCUUCCGAAGGAACUGGCAAAUGCUGGGUGUCGUCUUCGGCUCGGCUUUCGCUUUCGAGAUGGCAUACGACAGCACCAUGAACAGAGUCUGGGAUAACCUAAACAGAGGACGACAAUGGAAGGAUAUCCGAUCCCGAUACGUCGAGGAAGAAUAAAUGAUGACAAUUGACUCGCGAGGUUAGAAAAGGAGACGCAUAUCACUAUGGCAGCAUCUGGAGAGGAUAGAAUGCCUACAAUACUGUACAACUGUACCUCAUAGAUCACCGAAAUCCAUAUAUUUACAACACAGUUCAGAAGUAGUGUGUUCGUUCAUUUAUUUCGACUAGGCGAAACAGCUUUGAAUAUGUUUGAACGGGUUACUAUUACAAUAUCCAAUAUCCAAUGCCUAUGCAUAUUUUAAUCUAGG